AGCAUCUUUAUUCGACCUUUUUUUGCCUUGAGUUGGAAUCUAAGGCUCGUACUGACUGCACAACAAGCCAAACGCAGCGCCGGCCGGAGAGAGGGCGGCGCUCGAGUCCAGGUCCCAGUAGCUGCUAUGAUUGCCGAGUUUGACGAGACGUGCAGGUAGCACAUAAAGGCGACCUGGCGCCCCAUCAUCGAGAUCGUCACUUACGAAUGAAAACGUCUACUGCGACCCGCGUCUCUUUCAUUUAAGUGCGCUGACAAACUCCGAGAAUGGCUGCCCCUUUGCCUCGAGGAUAUCGUUCCAUCACUGAAUAUCAUCCCCGCGAGGAUCAGGGCGACGCAAUUGUUCGAGCCGCUGCUUACCAUCGCAAAGACUACUGUCAGUCUGUGAUAUGGUUUUCGCCUCGCGAACAUGUUGGUAUUCAGUCCUCGAUAGCAACGCCCUUCGAGCGGACAUCCAAUACGGGACUUGGCUUCCUCGAUCGACUUCCCCUCGAGCUCUUACAUGACGCAUUAUUGCAUCUGGAUAUACGCUCUCUAUACAAGUUGCGACAAACAAAUCUCAGAGCGAGAGAGACAGUGGAUUCUCUGAAACAAUAUCAGAUGGUGGCCACGCAUGGAAUGAACCUUCUCUGUGCCUUACUACGAACACAAAUCGCCACAGGCGUUUCUCUGUGCGAAUUCUACGACGCUUUAUGUACCAAGGCUUGUACUCUUUGCGGCAAAUUUGGGGGAUUUGUAUCCCUCCUGACCUGGAAUCGAUGCUGCUUUGUAUGCCUCCAAAGAGCUCCAGAAACUCAAUUGCGAACUCUUGCCGCUGUCCGGAAGCAACUUAACUUAACCAAGGCCCAAUCAAACCAACUGACGUCAUUCAAGACUUUGCCUGGAAUAUAUUCGAUGAAGGAAUCCGUACAUAAAUCUCGCAUCACAGUCGUUUCUCUUCAUGAUGCCAUAUCGGUCUCCCGGCCGCAACCGCAUGCACUACCGCAAGCAGAUUCAGUGAGCUCGGAACUAUACCAAAAAUACAACUUUAUGGGGUCUUGCGCGCUACCUUACUUUGAUAGACGGACCGGCAGAGUCGAACACGGGAUAUCAUGCGCUGGGUGUCAACUUGCUCUCGAAAAAGACAUCAUUGGCUCCAGGGGCGAGAAAUGGGCUUUCGAGGUUCGCGACAUGGUAUAUGCGCAAGACAGCUUUUUGGAACAUUUUCGGUGGUGUGAACAGGCACAGCUGCUGUGGGAAUCGAGUGACGAAGGUCACAACCGGCCAAACGAACUACCAGAGGCUGCUCGGAGAGGAGGCUUCUUCAAUAAUAGAGACUGACAAAGAUAUUAAAACUGUUCGCCCAUAAAUUGCCAACAGGCUAUCUACAAUGCAACGCGUACAAGUAGAAAGCAGCCAGAAAGCGGCCAACCCUCAGACUACCUACAGUGGGGUAGCAAAAGUCUAGCUGAUUCCCCAACCAACGUCGCAAGUUAUCAAACUCAACAACACUUACCCUCUAUUAUAUCCCUCGCCUAUAUACAAAAUAGUAGGCAAAAAUAGAGAUGAAUAGAGCUGCUUUUUCUCUGUGUAUAAAUCCACAUGACUUUACUUUUCUAUGUAAAUCACUAUUGUUUUAAAAAGUCAAAGAGGCCGACUUCGGAUAGCGACAUUGUGUGAUUUUGCAUUCGGCG